CUCCUGACUGCUCGGCUCUGGACAAGCAAGUGCUCUCCUGCAGUUCUAUUUUCAGGCAACUUCUUGGCUCUGCAAAGCAACAUUUGAAACUUGUCUAAAAGGAGCACCUCUCAUUCUAGACAGUCAUGGCGCCGCAGCACAAAGUGGGGACAGAUUCCUCCCAUGAUCUGGAUCGAGAUGCUAAAGAUUUGGCCGUCCUGCCGGCUUACUCCACUGUGGACCUGGUCAAUGACCAGCCUGAAGACGAUCCCUGGGAUCUCCCCGAGCUGAAAGACACAGGGAUCAAGUGGUCAGAGUUGGACACAAAGGGAAAGAUCAUGAGAGUUGUGACGGCUAUUGUGAAGUUGGCUCUGCUGCUAGGACUCCUCUACUUGUUUAUCUGCUCCCUGGACGUUCUCAGUUCUGCCUUCCAGCUAGUCGGAGGCAAAGCUGCUGGUGACAUCUUCCAGGACAAUGUUGUGUUGUCUAACCCUGUGGCCGGCCUGGUGAUUGGAGUCUUAGUCACGGUGUUGGUGCAGAGUUCCAGCACCUCGUCCUCCAUCGUGGUCAGCAUGGUGUCCUCUGGAUUGCUGGAGGUGGAGUCCGCGGUGCCCAUCAUUAUGGGCGCCAACAUCGGAACAUCCGUCACCAACACCAUUGUGGCCAUGAUGCAAGCUGGUGACCGGAAUGAAUUCCGAAGAGCGUUUGCUGGAGCAACAGUCCAUGACUUCUUCAACUGGUUGUCUGUGCUGGUUCUGCUGCCUCUGGAGGUCGCAAGCGGCGUCCUUGUCAAGCUCACCGGCCUCAUUAUUGACUCAUUCAACCUGGAGGGUGGGGAGAACGCUCCUGACCUGCUCAAAGUUAUCACAGACCCGCUGACCAAGUCCAUCAUCCAGCUGGAUAAGUCUGUCAUCACUGACAUUGCGACUGGUGACCCUGAAGCCAGAAACAAAAGUCUGAUCAAAAUUUGGUGCAAAACCAAGAAAAACACAACUUUCUGGAAUGACACUGUUGAGAUUUGCCCUGCCGGCGCCAUCUGUUGGGAGGAGGGGAACCAGACCUGGACGGAGCUGAACGAGACUUGGAUUGACAAUAUACAGAAAUGUUCACAUAUCUUCGCCAACGCCAAUUUGCCCGACCUGGCGGUGGGUCUCAUCCUGCUAGCGCUGUCCUUAUUUGUCCUCUGCACCUGCUUGAUUCUCAUCGUCAAGCUCCUCAACUCCAUGCUGAAGGGUCAGGUGGCUCUGGUCAUCAAAAAGGUGCUCAACACAGACUUCCCCUUCCCCUUCGGCUGGGUCACGGGUUACAUCGCCAUCGUGGUAGGAGCAGGGAUGACUUUCAUCGUCCAGAGCAGCUCCGUCUUCACCUCUGCUAUCACUCCACUUGUUGGUAUUGGUGUGAUCAGCCUGGAGCGAGCCUAUCCGCUGACCCUGGGAUCAAAUAUAGGUACCACCACCACCGCUAUACUUGCUGCCCUGGCUAGUCCUGGAGAGACUCUUGCAGACUCACUGCAGAUUGCUCUCUGUCACUUCUUCUUCAACAUCAUGGGGAUCAUUCUAUGGUACCCCAUCCCAUUUAUGCGGGUGCCCAUCCGCUUAGCCAGAGGUUUGGGGAAUUCCACAGCCAAAUACCGGUGGUUCGCUGCCCUAUACCUCAUUCUGUGCUUCCUGAUCCUCCCCCUCACUGUGUUCGGGCUCUCGAUCGCUGGGUGGCAAGCUCUGGUGGGCGUAGGUGUUCCCGUUGUGGUGUUGGUCGUCUUCGCCAUUGUUGUGAAUGUCAUGCAGUCACGCUGCCCUCGCUUCCUACCAAAAUUCUUGCGCACCUGGGAGUUCUUGCCCAAACCUCUGCACUCCAUGUCACCGUGGGAUUCAGCCGUGACCUCACUCCUCGGCUGCUGUAGCAAUCGCUGCUGUUGUUGCUGCAAAUGCUGCAACUGCUGCAACAAAAGUGAAGAUAAAAUGAUUGAAGAAAGUAACGGCAAGACUUUUGCAAUGUACGACAAUCCUGCCAUGUUGAAAGAGAAGGAAGCAGACAGCGUCAUUCACAGAACACGCUUUUAGUAUCGGUUUACCUGUAAAUAUAACCUUGAAUGCAGUUUUAUUUUCAGAGAUGGAAAACUUUCGCUUCAGAAUACAUACGUCUUAUAUAUUAAUACGUCUAACCUUCUUAGAAUGCAAAAUUAAAGCCCCAAAAAAGCCACUUUUCUUUCUGAAGCUCAGGUUUUCCACUUCUGUACAUGUCAUAUUGCAAAGCUUUGGCCGCUGCAACUCCCACAAAGUUUCAUUUUGACAGAACCAGUCUGAAGGAUGUGUAACUGAGGAAGCUCCAAUGCUGCAGUAACCUCCCCAGCGAUGCUGGCACGCUGUCAGUCUGGAAGACUUGAUGAGCUGGAGGACAAUGUUCUGUUUGACUGCAUUUAUUCCUCUCUGUGAGCACCUCCUGGUGUAAAUGUUGUCUUUGAACUAUUGAUGUUUGUCUGAAAGCAACACUCCAUGCAAUAAUUUAUUUCUAACACACUCGUGCAAUGUCCAUCACAGCUUGUUGAUAGCCAAUAACAUCAAUAUUCUGUGCUGUGGUGGUUUUCUUACUUUGUCUAUUUUUUGUUUGUUUUUUUUGUACAAUUUCUUGCUGCGAUUCUUGUUUAUAUUUUGUAAAUAUUUUUUUGCCACUACACUCCAGGAUGUAAGCAAUGUAGCAUUUGAAUAGU